AUGGUUAAAUUUCAUUACAAUCGCAUUAAUCAGUACAGGAAAAUGCGUCGAGUCACACGCUACAUUUUGCGGUUCGUAUUUUUCUAUCUACGCAUAACGGGUCUGAUGCCAUUCUCUUACAAUCCCAAAACUAGAAGAGUACGUACCUCGCGUGCCAUCACAAUCUACAGCAUAUUUGCAAACUUGCUAUUAUUCGCUUUAGUGCCGUUAAUCCUAUUUCCAUAUCAUCAAAGCACAAUGAUUGGGAACGCACAAUAUAUCAAUCAACUACUCUACUCAGUGACGCUGUUUGUACGGAGUGGAGCUGUUGUAAUAUCCUUUCUAUUUAACUGGCAUAGGCGUUGUGAGUUCAUAUCCGUAAUACGUACCUUUAAUCGCCUGCAUCGCCAAUAUUUCAGUCGGUUAAAGCUAUCACAGGAGAAACAGCAACAAUUCGAGAACAGCAUAAUAAGUAAAUUCAUAUGGAUAUCACUGACUGAGUUCGGAUCAUGGGGCUUAACCAUGCAAGUGUAUAUGGGAAAAGGAGAUAAAAGUGAUGUUGUAGGUAUGGCAUCAAUUUGCGUGUUGACCAGCGUUUUAAAUUUAGUCGUCAAUGAGUAUUAUUUUGGCGUAUUGAAUGUUAAUCUGGGCUUUACACUUAUAAAUGAUGAGCUCUUACGUAUUAUGCAUGCUGCACGUAGUGCAAGUAAGAACUGGAAACGAUAUGGACAUGCCGGCGUAUAUAUCACACGCUGCUGUCAACUAUCAGAUGAUAUAGAUGAGUUAGCGAUAGCUCAUUAUAAAUUACGUAAAUUAGCAUUACGUCUUAACAGAAUGUUCAAUACGCAGGGUGCUUGUUCGAUACUGAAUAUGUAUUUGAAUAAUGUGGCCACAUUCUAUACAAUUUACAAAUUCAUACAGUUCAAAACAGCUAAUUUGCCAUUGGACAGGUGGGGUGUGGUCUUACUCGCCAUCAUACUUUGUUCCUAUUACGCAGAUUUGCAUAACUUUUUAAAAAAUAUGAUGAAUAUGCUGGAAUUAUACACUAAGGGUGCUUUUAUUAUACGGAUGCUUAUGCCUUUGCAGUGCAUGGACAUCAGACUAGAGAGAAGUAUUAAAAGCUUUUGUGAGCAAAUUGUUAACAUACCUUUGCAAUAUAAUAUGAUGGGAAUGACUCGCCUGGACAAACCAAUGAUAUUUGCAAUCUUAAGUUCGACAUUUUCAAAUGCAAUCUUAAUAAUGCAAUAUGACAUCAAGUACUCUAGAAUUAUUAAAUGA